AUGGCCUCUCCAAUUAGUUGCCUAUCAAUCUUGAUAAUCCCUCUACUAGUCACCUCGCUCUUCUAUGAUGUUUCUAAUGCAGAUCAAGCCCUUGUUGAAAAGGUUUGCAAAAAGUCCAUGGACUAUAAUUUUUGCCGGCAAACUCUACUUUCAGACCCUGAGGGUCUUACAAAUGUUCUAUAUAAGCUAGGACUCGUUUCUACUGAUGUGAGCUUGAAUAUAAUAUCAGAUGUAAUUUCUGGUGAAAUCCCAAAUGCUCUUGCAGGAGUCACAGACAUAUUCGUGAGGACACGAGUUAAGGAGUGCCAAACCGAUAUAGAUGAUCUAUACACAGAAAUGAAACUUGCAUAUAAUGCUGCAGGUACACAAUCCUAUGCGGAAGAGACAACUCAUCUUACAUCCGCACAACAGAAAAUUACAGUAUGUGAUAAACGAUUUGAGAGCCUCCCGACACAUCAAUCACCAAUAUCAAGUAGCACUUCCAAAAUAACAAAGCUAAUCAAUAUUUCUUCUGUUAUAGUCUCUAUGAUAACGUCAUCUUAA